UCCAUGGCGUCACUCCCACCCUCUCCCUCUUCCUCGUCCAUGGCGCUCUUCUUCGCCUUCCUCGUACUGGUGUCGCUCCCGACCCUAUUGGUGGCGAGAUCCGAGCCCACUUUCUACGACCCAGCUCGCGUUUCCCGCCUCUCAUGGCGCCCCAGGGCUUUUUUGUACAGGGGCUUCGUUUCCCACGAGGAAUGCGACCAUUUGAUCGAGUUGGCGAAGGACAAGCUGGAGAAGUCGAUGGUGGCGGACGAUGAGUCUGGGGAUAGCGUUGCGAGCGAUAUUCGGACGAGCUCCGGCAUGUUCUUGGAGAAGCACCAGGAUGAAAUUGUCGCUAGAAUUGAACAAAGAAUUGCUGCUUGGACCUUUCUCCCAGAAGAGAAUGGCGAAGCUAUUCAAAUCCUGCGCUAUGAGAACGGACAGAAGUAUGAUGAACAUUUUGAUUAUUUUAACGACAAAAAUAACCAAGCACUAGGAGGGCAUAGAGUCGCUACAGUGCUUAUGUACUUAUCGGAUGUAAAGAAAGGUGGGGAAACAGUGUUUCCUGAUGCUGAGGGAAAACUUUCUCAACACACGGAUGAAACAUGGUCUGAGUGUGCAAGAUCUGGUUAUGCAGAUCUGGUUUUUCGAAGGUCUGUUCGAGAUCUGGUUUUGCAGGUAAACAUUCAUUCUUAUACAUUGAAGAGAAUGUCAAAGAGUUUUCCAAAUCGAAUUAACAUCCAGUAAACAAAUUUCCUGAAUGAUUUACUCAUCGAGCUCGAUAUAUUAGACAGUCAUUUCGGUAUCUGUGAUAAUAUUUUGUUUUGUAAAGCAAGUGUUAGAUGUGACUCGAAAUUGAUUAUCGACUCAAGUUCGGAUUUUCGACUCGCCGACAGCUUCGCGGUGCGACCAAUUUGGAAAACAAUUUUAUGAAGGAAAAAUGAAUGUCUGUGGUGGGUAGCGGAGGGCUCGGGCCGAGCCCGUUAUGAAUUUCCCCCGUUUUUUGUCCUAGAGGCGUGAGAUCGUGGUUGGUUGUAAGCAGCUGAACAUUGUAUUCUCUUUUUCGUUCGAUAGUGAAGUUCUCUUCUCCCU